UCCAGUGUUGAGCCGGCUCCAGUUCCAGCUGGCCUCCCCACUGCGCUGCUCCUUAUGGCGGACUCCCCUCUCAACAACUCCUGGCCCUCCUUCUCCAAACUCUGGAUGAAGCGAUGGUCCUUUAAGAGAGCAUCGGAGUGCAAGCCAUGUAGUCCGCCCUGUGGGCCUCCCAGUGCCCAGCUCAGUGUCCAGCCUGCUGCUCCCAGUGGGAGAGGGUCUUCCUCCUCACUCUCACCCGCCUCUAUCGCUGAGAACGUCUUCUUUGGUAACACCAGUGACGACCAGGAUGCGUGUUCAGUAGUCAGUGACUACGACUGCCCUGGCGUGGAGGUGGCCGGCAGCGUUGAGGAGCUGCUGGACUUCAGCUCCUCUUUCAAAGACUCUGAGUACUUUAAAGACUUGGAGGGAGACACUCAUGCGACACAGUUCACUAUAACCACCAGAGAAACCUCAACUUUUGGCCACCAGGUGUUUUUUAACUCAGGCCCUCCUGCCAUCAACGUACCUGUAGAGACCUCCCUGAGCGCUCCCUCCCCUCAGGCCAACGCACCAUCACUGCCCCAUUAUAAGCAGCCUGAAGAGGAACCCCAUCACUUUGUGGUCACUCAGCUUAGUCCCAAGAUACUGCCAGGCUGUAUCAUUGGCAGCGGAGACUCCUCAGGCCCGGCACUCGGGCUUAGUGUGACAAUAAAUCUAAACGGACUGCUGGGAUCAGUGGAAACAGCAGACGGAAUAACAGGAUCAGAGGGAGUCAAGACGGAAAACGUAAUGGAUUUCGAAGGGGAGCCAGAUGAGGACAGUUUUCCCAUCCUGGUCAGAUCCAUGUCAACGUCUCGAAGGCACAGCUGGGGUGUCCCUGUGUCCCCCAUUAACCUGGGGAGGAGACUGAGUCUGGACACCAUGGCCACGGACAGCGAUGGAGAGAGAGACGAUGAUGAGGAGAGACAGAAUAGUCUCUUCCAGUCCACCGGGGACCAGAGCUGCACCAACUGUCCUGAGGAGGAGACAGGGCCGAGGUUCCCCUGUCCCAGAGCCAGGCUCACCAGCAUGGCUAAAGGUGCAUCUGGCAGGCAUCUGUAUUCCCGAUCAGAGAUCCUUGCCACGGACGAGUGUUCCCGUGCUGCACACAUUUCUCGUGUUGUACAGACGUCCAAACAGGCCGCAAGGGCAGCGGGAGCAGAGGAGUUUGACCCUGAAGAAAACCUCCAUUCUACUGAAGGCCAGAGCCACAUGGUGAAGCAGAGGAACAACAGAUCAGAGGUCAAAGAAUCAGGAAAUGUCACCUGGUAUGAGUUCCUCUCUCAUGGGCCCGAGGAAGAGGAGGAUCGCACAGAGAAGGUGGAGAAAGGCACCAAGGUGAAAAGGACUCUCAGCUCUCUGAGGAACAGGAUGACAGGCUCCUUCAACAAAGAGAAGGGUAAGAACCGAGAGAAAGACAAAGAGAAGGAAGCCAAAGAGAAAGUGUGCGGCGGCAGCAGCAGACGCAGCAGCAGUGCCCAUUAUCUGGUGCCAGGCGCUUUUUCAAGCUGUGCCACCUGCUCACUGUGCAGCAAGACCCUGCAGAAAAAGCAUGGCCUGCAGUGCAUGAAUUGUGCUGUGAACGUUCACAAGAGCUGCAAGUCUCUGCUGGGUGAGUGCUCCAGCACCAAGAAUAAGAGAGAUUCUCUCCGGAAGAACGGCUCAUCAGGAUUUUCUAACCUUGCGCUUAAAGACCGGGACAGAGAGCGGGAUCAGGCAGGCCCAGACCCAUCACAGACCCUGGAUGGCCACUCAGGCUUGCUCUUCUACCCAGGCAUGACCAUAAGUCACUGGGGACCUUACGCUCACCUGACUGUCGCCCACACCACCAGCUCCUUUGCAGCCCCUGCCUCCAGCCUUGGCCACAGCCUCUGUCACCACAGUAGCUCAGGAUCCCUCCCUGGGGAGAUGGAUGAGACAGAUGCUCUCCGCUCGAAACGCUGCAACGAAGAUGCCAUUUCCCUCGCUCCCUCCACCACGGAGUCCAUCUUCGUAGAAGAUACUCACUAUGCAGCAGUGCGGGCUGACCUGGAGUCUCAUGCCCAGGACCUGGAGGCUGAGUCAUGGAGUUUGGCAGUUGACCAGCAGUAUGCUAAGAAGCACUUGAAAGAAAUGGUGAAGAGACAGGAUGUGAUAUAUGAGCUGAUGCAGACGGAGAUGCACCACGUGCGGACACUGAAGAUAAUGCUGUGUGUCUAUGUCCGAGAGUUGAAGGAGAACCUCCAGAUGGACUCGGGCAGGCUGGACUGUCUGUUUCCCCGCCUGGAAAACCUCCUCGAACUUCACACGCAUUUCCUGUCUUGUCUUAAAGAGCGGCGUCGAGAAAACCUUGUUUCCUCCAGCAACAGAAACUACACUAUCAACAGAUUGGCCGACAUUCUGAUCACACAGUUCUCAGGUGAGAUUGGAGAGAGGAUGAAGGAAAACUAUGGAGAUUUCUGCAGUCACCACACUGAAGCUGUAAGCUACUACAAAGAACAGCUGCAAAACAACAAGAAGUUCCAAAACCUCAUACGGAAAAUCAACAACCUGUCCAUUGUGCGGAGGUUAGGAGUGACUGAGUGUAUUCUGUUGGUGACACAGCGCAUUACCAAGUAUCCAGUGCUAGUGGAGCGUAUUCUGCACAACACUGAAGCGGGAACAGAAGAACACGAGGAACUGACUCGGGCACUGGGUCUGAUUAAAGACACCAUCACUCAGGUGGACACGCUGGUUAAUCUUUAUGAGAAGACGUCUCGACUCAGAGACAUUCACAACAAGAUGGAGCCAAAGGCAAUGGGAAAAAUCAAAGAUAGCCGAGUGUUUCGCAGGGAGGACCUGGCACCAGCAAGAAGACGACUGCUUCACGAGGGCACUGUGAACUGGAAGGCUGCUUCAGGCAGGCUCAAAGAUAUUCUUGCAGUGCUUCUGUCGGAUGUGUUGCUCUUAAUACAAGAGAAGGACCAGAGAUAUGUAUUUGCUACAGUGGAUAACAAGCCGUCGGUGAUCUCUCUUCAGAAGCUGAUAGUCAGGGAAGUGGCCCAUGAGGAGAAAGCUAUGUUUCUUAUCUGUGCUUCCUCCAAUGAGCCCGAGAUGUACGAGAUCCACACCAACUCCAAGGAGGAGCGAAACACUUGGAUGAGGCACAUACGGCAAGCUGUCGAGAGCUGUCCUCACACAGAAGAGAGGCUGUUCAGUGAGGAGGAAGAGGCACGAGUUUCCAGGUUCAAAGAGUUUCAAGAUCGGCUGAGUCAGAAGGACACAGUUAUCUUGCAGGCUCUCACUGAGAAGCUCCAGCUGUUUGCGGACAUGGCAGAGUCUGUGGCAGGUCUGGAAGACACAGCUUCACGUUCUAGACUUUUGCUUCGAGGAGACGCCUCAGACCUCCAGCAGGGGGAGGCCCUGCUCAAAGGGGCCAUCACUGAGGUGGAAAAUCUCCAGAACCUGCUGCAGUCCGGGGUGAAGGAGGAGGCUCCGACCUCUCAACUGGAGGAAGGAGGGGGCUCCGGAGUUCUGCCCAGACGAGCGGAUACCUUUGGGGGCUAUGACAGCAGCCCCAGCAUUCUCAACAAGAACGGCAGCGUGAAGAAGAACUCUUCUGGCGAGUCCAGAAACAGAGAUAGGAGCCAGCGAGCCAGCUCUGACCCUCAGCUCAAAGACCUCUGUGGCAGCCACACCCUGGAGCAGACGGUUGAUGAGAGCACCUGCUCUCCUGCCAGAUGGAACUGCAUCUGGUCCAACUCCUUCCCCGAGGCAGAGUUUUUUGACAGAGUGCUGAUGCUUUCCCAGAGGCUCUAUAGUCUGCAGGCCGUCAUUUCGCAGCAGGACAGUCACAUUGAGCUACAGCGGGUGUCCUUGACGGAGCGGGCCGCCCUGCCCGGCCGCCACCGAGGGAACGUGCUCCUGGAGCAGGAGAAGCAGCGGACUCUGGCCUUGCAGAGAGAAGAGCUGGCCAGUUUUCACAAGCUCCAGUCUCAGCACCGGCAGGAGCAACAGCGCUGGCAGAAGGAGAGGGAAAGGUACCGGCAGCAGGUCGAAGCUACUGAGGACAGGCUCCGACAAAGAGAGGAGGAGUGCCGGCGGCUGGAGGAACGUCUAGCAAAAGAAAGAGAGGAGCUCGACAGGCUAAGGGGGACGUAUCAGGAGGACCUGGAGAGACUGAGAGUGUCCACCAGAACUGUGGAGAGGGAUAAGGAGCGCCUAGAAAACCAGAGGACGAACAAGAGGAAGACCAUUGAGGUGGCUCCUCUAUCUGGCAGUCUUAAUGGGGACCUCCUCAUGUCCUCUGGCCUCAACAGCACCUCCAGCGUCUGCGAGCUGCCCCUGCCUCCGAAGCCCCUGGUGCGCUCCAGCCUGUCCGUGGCAGCGGCUGACUACGCAGAGCGUCCUGAGCGGCGGGAGACGGGCUCUUCUACUGUGCCGCUGAAGACCGAGGUACCGCUCCACCUCUUCAGCACGACCAACCAGCAGCACAAACUGCUCGGUGUGCAGCAGCAGAUCCCCACGAAGCUCGCCGCCUUCAGUGGCAAAGGGAAAGGAACCAAGAGUGGCAAGGCUUCGCAUCGCACUGACAGCACAGCCUCGGUGGAUAUGAAGCAGAUGCUGAAGCUGUCCACCCGAGAUGAAAGCGCCCUCAAGGCCAAGCGCUCCAUCAGCCCCCACCAGCCGCUCUCGCUGUCAGCCCUGCAUCACCACACAGAUCAACUCAGUUCCCCAGAGACGGCCGGACCGGACAGCCCAAACACCUCCAUCACCUCCUCCGUCACCACCGCCCACCCUACAAAUGCUCAGAAGCCCCCGAUGCCUUCUGCACAGUCCCACCCUCCAGCUCCCACCAUCCCCCCCCACCCCCAGAGCACCGGACUCCUCCAGUUUCCGCCCCAGGUGCAGCCGCAGGGCCUCAGUCCGAAUACCCAGACCCACGUCCAGGUAAAUCACGGGCUCAGCCACAGCCACAGUUUGCCACAGCCCUACAAGAGCCCCACAGAGGACGUCAAUAAGGAGGACGUCAUCUUUUUCUAAAGUCCAGUCCACUGCACUCAGAUCAAGCACCGAUUUAGGAAAAUAAAAAAUCGAUGGGAUGAGUAACUGAUCCCCAACAAUCCUCCAUGUUCAUUUCAAGAAGCUACAUAUGUGCGAUAUUGUGAUGCUGAGUGAAUGUGCAGAUCGGACAGGUUGUGUUGUCAUUGAUCGGUGAAACGACUGAGUGGAGUAGCAGCCGUCUUCUGCAGAGGAUAGAGCUUCAUGCGCUUAGUGGAAAAAGAAAUCACAUUUUAUUCAAAAAAAAAGAGGACGUUAUUUGUAACAGUUUUUAUUUUUAUUUUUAGCUGUUUUUUAACUGCAAGUAUGAAUAGGGAACCUUGGGCUCACCGACGGCUUCUUGUGAUUAAAUGAAGUUGUAACAAUCCAAAGACAUGAGCUGUAAGAGCUGAAGGACUUUGACUGAAAGGAACCAAGCAAAAGAAAAACUGUCGGGUUCAUUUUAGGAGACUUCUGUCAGUUCCUGAGGCGUAGCAACGGUGGAGGUGCAGCGACGGAGCUCCGGCCUCAACCAUCUGCUUCUACCGGACCUGGAACCACAGGAAAGGAUUCCACAGGAACUCAGAAGAACUCAUUGCAUUCGCACAGUGUGAACACGCCAUUCCAGACGGAUGAAUGAUCUCUGUUGUCAUAAUCUCUGUUCAUUUAGUUUCGUUGUUCUUCUUAAUCAUGUUUAUUUUAGAAGGUUCACAUUGAGGAUUACAUCUUUAGUGUUUCCAGUGAUUGUGAAACCUGACUUGGAUCUGGUCCGAGGACAGUUUCUCCAGGCUGUUUGAAGCAGAAAAUGUAUAAUAAUGCUUCAUUUCAAUUAAGGGAGAGUUUGGAUUUGAUCAUGUUCUGCCCCUCCAGCGCGCGCACAGUGAGACUAACUCAGUGACGUCUUUCUCAUGUCUCUAUAGUUUGAAGUACUGUCAGUUAUAACCUACUGCAUGUCUGUCCCUGCCUUUUUAUAUUUUACCUUCCUGAUACAGACUCUCAAUGCCUGGACAUUUGUAUCGGCAGAUUUAGUUUAUUCAGAAAAAUAACCACAAAGCAAGAUGUUUUACUUGUGGGACUUUUCAGCAUAAAAUAUUCCCAAAUUUUACCAAUUUUGUCAAACUCUUCUUUGCAGCUCUAAGACGAGUUCUUGCAAGUUGCAUUACAGCACAAUUGCUGUUUUGGAGCGGCUAAGAAUUGAGAAUUCAUUCUUGAUUCUAGUAUAAUAGUCAAUUCUUUCCGUGAAACUAAAAGUUAGGUUUUAUCUGAUUGAAACUAUGAUACUUAGAUACUGUGGUGUCAGAUCAGUACUUGUGUGUCAGCUGUUUCAUGAAGGAUAGGUUUUUAUUACAGAAAUUUAUUACAGAUAUUAAGGUAAAUUUAUUUAUCAUGUACUUUAUGUAUAUUAGCCAUCCACUUCCAGACUUCUUCCUGAGGUGCUGUUGAUUCUGACACCCGGGUUAUUAGUUAAACUUCGCUGAGCUCAACAGCAUCAUCAUAAACUGUAGAAACCAAAAAGGCGUCAGUGACUUUGUCUCACCCUGGGUUUCAUUUCACCAAAACUGACACACUCAGCAAGAAUCUUAAGAAAAUAUCGAAUGUACUGUACUGUUCACGACAGUUUUCUAUGGGAAAUUGACAUUUAACUGGAUAAUGACAAAUGAAUGGAGACAAUGUGGGGGGAAAAGAGCAGAUUAGUACUAAUUACAACAAUUUGAAAGAGUUAAUAUGCACUGAAAAUAUUGAAAUCCUUCAUUUUACAAAUAGAAAUUCCACUAAUUUUCACUAGUUGACCCAGUGGAAUAAAAGCGUCUGUUAUUUCCAAAGGUUAACAGCCGAGUUUGUACAGAGACGUUCUAACAUGGUGGAGCACAGUGUUAACACUGGUUCUCACUUCUCAGUCGAGUCCAUUAUGGAACUACAGCCGGGAAUGUACAGAUCAUUGAAGAGUUGUAAAGUUUAUCGAUUUCCCUCAUCCACCCGGGUUAGGAAAUGAAAAGUUAAUGGGUUCGAUUCAUUAUUUUGAAAGCGUGUGUCUCAUUUUACCGACUUAACAGUUUGGGAAAUUUGUCAGAGUGGGUUCAGUUUAGCUGAGCCCGUUUAUAUAUCUUUGAGUUAAAUAUGAAGAUGUCAGUUGUAAUCGAGGCCCUCGGGUCUCACACACUGUGGGGGGGGGGGGGGGGGUGUUGAUCGUCAAUGACAUUUCAUUAUCUGGGUCAUAAAUGUCUGCGCCUGACAGAGAAGCCGCGCUGUCACAGGCGCCUGCAGCAAAAAAACAGGACGAUGAACAUUGGUCUGACAUUUCAGUCUUUAUCUUUCUCUCCAUAUGAAUACCUAUGGAGGUGGAUGCCAUUUACGUUUUUCCCUGCAUGUACGUGGGAUUCCUUUCAAUCCUGAAGCGGUUGACACGUUAACAUUUUUCUGUCUCUGGAGGAGAAAAUAUGAGAACUUUUUUUUUUUUCUUCAAGCUGGUGUCUGAAGGUGUGAUCACAAGCGAGACUUCUGAGUGAUGAUGUAUAUUAUAUGUAUAUAUCUGUACAUAUUGUACCUGGUCUCUUCUUCACUGCCUCUCCUGACACAUUCUUAUAUUGGAUACGGAUGUUUCACAUGAAUCAAGAAGCGACAGUUGUUAGUGUAUAUUCAUUUCAAGUACACACACAUGGGUGUGUAUGUACAGUCUGGUACGCUGCCUAAUUCGGACAAACUUGUGGCAGUUUAUGAAAAACCACAAUCGGUGGUUCUGUUGAUUAAAUCAACUACAAUUGAAGGUUUGUAUUUUGAAUCUCCUGGUGCGUGGAGACGUCGUAGCUUUGAAGCUGAGCUGCACCGUCUGUCUUUGUCCUGCGACUCCCGAUCGAGACGAUGUAGCAGUCGUAAAAAACAAAAAACAAAACAAGAAGUCAAACAUCUGCUUGUUUCUGUCAGUUAAACCAAAGAGACAUUCGGCUGACUGGGCUUCUGUCUGUGCUCUCGUGAGAGGAGAAAUGACAUUGUUGGUUGUGUGGUCAUCCACAAAGUGUUAUUACUUAUAAAAACAUCCCCUUGGGAGUGUCCAUAACAGUGUGUGUUUACAGCAGUGUGUCCACUCCAUAUCCGGCUUCACAGCUCGGUAUUGAAUUUCCUGUUUUGUUUUGUGGCCCCACAUCCACAUCACUGGGAUCUGUUUAUACUCAGGUGGACAAAAUGAUUUCAGAGUAAUGUUGAAAAUACAUAAACCAUCAACUCAGCAAUAAAUCAAAUGGGUACGUCUGUAUAUUUGCUUGUAGUGGCACAUGAACUGUACAUGAGCUCAAUAUUUUAUUGUCGUCAACACUUGAUCAUUUUAAAGAAUAAUGGACUGUUAAUGUGCAGGUAAACAUCCUUUGUGGUUUCCAGUGGGUGGAACCCUUUGAUAACAACAAUUCCCCUUUUUUCCACCCAGAGCUUUCAGCCAUCUCACACAACCUUCCAAGUUAAACCCUUCAUGAACAAUUAGUCUUAAAAGUGUGACAUCUUAUAGCUGUAAUGUCAAAACAUCUGAUGAAGACCAGGUGAUUCCAUUGACAGCUCGACAAAAAGCCAGAAAGACUAACUUGAUUUUUGUGAUUGUUAUGCAUCACCAAGUUUGAUCUGAAAACUUUUAUUCCCAUGUUUGUUCAUUUUCCUGUAUUUUCAAGUGUCUCUGUUCUAAAGCUGAAUGAGAAAAGGUUCUAAAUCUGGUGUAAGAGUCCUUUAGUUCUGGUCCAGGUACUCUGUUGCUCUUUGGAUCAACUCAAGUCUUAAAUCUUUUGCUGAACUGAACUAGAUCUGUUUCAAACUUUUGAAGCCAGUCAGUCACAUCACUGUGUGUGUGUGUGUGAGUCUGUUUGUGUGUGUUUGUGUAUUCUUAAAAAAACACAGCUGAAACUUUCCGACGCUCUUUUACGGUUGUGUUUUUAUACACACACACCUUGGACCUGUAAUGUGUAAAUAAUCCUGAACAUAUUUUAUUUCCCCGGCCAAUUUUACACUAGUCACUUUGGAUAGUAGCAUACUUGAAGGGGAAAAAAAUAAUGUCGAUAAUGCUUGUUAUUGUUUGUAAACUUUUAUUUACCGUGAGCUGUCUAAUGACGUUUGUAGCACACAGCAUUGAUUCUUUUUUUGUACUGUUUAAUUCACUGCGAGACGUUAGAACGACCUGUGGACACAAACUGCUGCCUUAGAGAGAGUUUAGUAAUAAAAGAGUCCUGAAAUAA